GUUGGGCUCCCGCUCAGGGCGCCGGCGCCCCACUGGCCUGGGUCGCUGCGCCCCGUAGCCUCCGCAUGUCAUGUCCCGGCUGCGCCUCUGGGCUCCACGGCUCCUCCUCACGUGGCAACCGUUGUGGCUGCUGUUGCAGGCAGCUCCGGAGUUGGCCCUGGACCCAGUCCAGCUGACCUCCGACCCCCCAGGGCCUAUCAAGCCCUGGUCUUCGCACUCCUCUGAUCUCCCACCUGAAUCUCCACAAGCGCUUACACCCCCGGCAGAGCCAGGGGGCUUUAAUUACCCGGAAUCCACCGCUCCAGCCCAGAUGUUGGCCCCUCCUCAGGAAUUGACUGGGACUUUAGUUCCAUUCCUGGUCACAGAUUCAGUCGGAGAGCCGUCGCCAGGACCAAAGCAGUUUGCUGUUUCACAUCAGGAGGUGAAUAAUCAAAGGGCCCCAGAAGUGAUUCCAGUGUCAAUGGAUCAGAAUCUGGCCCUCACUCUGUCGCCUCGACUCAAAAGUAAGAUUCUGACUGUAGCUCUAGAUCAGCCAAAAGAUCACCAUUCAUAUGAAAUACCUGUUCCAUCUCUAGAUAGUCAGAGUUCAAAACCAACAAGAUAUAUUUUCUCACCUACAAUUCUGAAGAGAGAUGUAGCUGAGCAUCCAAGAUUUAACAAAGUUGUUAGAACUCCAGGCCAGCUUCCAAAAACACCUCAUCAUGUGCCUCAAAGGUUGCAGGACGAUUAUCUAGAUUCUGGUAUGGACAUCAUGUAUCCUGAGGAUAACCAACCUGUAGAUGAAAGGGGAGACCCAGAACCACGUCCAGAGCCUCAGGAUGUUGAACUUUCAUCCCAGCAAGAGGCCCCUGUUGAGCAAUCACAGACUCCUGAGGAGGAUGAAUCUUUUUCACCCCAGGCUCAACAUCCAGAGUCCUCUGAUGAGGUAGAAUCACUUCAGCAGGAGUCAUCAUCUCCCAAGGUUGUUAAGCUAUUUUCAAAUUCUGCAACCACACAGCAUGCCCCAGCUGCACCUCCAGAGUCUUCUGAGGAAUUGGAACUAUCUUCAGUUGAAGAGGGUGCCCCAGAUGAGCCUUCAGAUUCCCCUGAAGAGGAUGAACUUUUAUCAGACCAGCAGGAUGCUCUAGCUCAACCUACUGAGGACCCUGAGGAAGUAGAAUCUUCUCCAACCACUCAGGAAGCCACUAUUCAGCCUCCGGGGCCAUCUACAGAGGUUGAAGCUCAACCAUUAUCACCUGAUGAAGAAAAUGUUCCAUCUCCAAGUCAGAAUGAAGCUCAACCCUUACACUUACCCGGUGUCACUGUUAAACCUGUGGCUGUUACCAUAACUCCAGAAGUCACUGAUGAGGUUGUACCAACUGAGCAGGAAGCACAGGCUCAGCUUCCAGAAAGCCCUGAGGGAGUUGAAACUUCCCCAGACCAGGAGGAAGCCCCAGAGCAGCAGGAAACUCCAUCUAAGCCUGUAGAGGCUCCCGAGGAGGUGGAGCCUCCUCCAAACCCUCAGGAGGACCUGGCUCAGCCUCUGGAAUCAUCUACAGAGGUAGGAGAUCAACCAUUAGCACCCAAUGAGGAAGAUGUUUCAUCUCCAAGUGAAAAUGAAGCUCAGCCCCCAAACUUGCCCAAUGUCACCAUUAAGCCUAUGGUUGUGACUGUUACUGUAGCUCCAGAGGUCACUAAUGAGGAUGCACCAGCCCAGCAGGAGGCACAGGCUCAGCCUCCAGAAAGUCCUGAGGAGGUUGAACCUUCCCCAAUCCAGCAGGAAGCUCCAGCUCAGCCUACAGAGGCUCCUGGGGAAGUGGGACCUGCUCCAAAUCCUCAGGAGACCCCUGCCCAGUCUCCAGAAUCAUCUACAGAGGUUGGAGCUCAGCCAUCAGCACAUCAAGAGGAAAAUGGUCCAUCUCCAACUCAGAAUGAAGCUCAACCCUCACAUUUGCCCAAUGACACUGUUAAGCCUGUGGUUGUGACUGUUUAUAUAACUCCAGGGGUCACUAGUGAGGUUGCACCAACCCAGCAGGAGGCACAGGCUCAGCCUCCAGCAAGCCCUGAGGAGGUCGAACCUCCCCCAGUCCAGCAGGAAGUUCCAGCUCAGCCUGUAGAGGUUCCUGAGGAAGUGGAACCUGCUCCAAACCCUCAGGAAGCCCUGGCUCAGCCUCUGGAAGCAUCUACUGAGGUUGGAGUUCAACCAUCACCUGAUGAGGGAAAUGUUCCAUCUCCAAGUGAAAAUGAAGCUCAGCCCUCAAACUGGCCCAAUGUCACCAGUAAGCCCCUGGUUGUGACUGUUACUGUAGCUCCAGAGGUCACUAGUGAGGUUGCACCAGCCCAGCAGGAGGCACAGGCUCAGCCUCCAGAAAGCCCUGAGGAGGUCAAACUUUCCCCAAUCCAGCAGGAAGCUCCAGCUCAGCUUGUGGAGGCUCCUAAGGAAGUGGAACCUGCUCAGAACUCUCAGGAGGCCCUGGCUCAGCCUCCAGAAGCAUCUACAGAGGUUGGAGUGCAGCCAUCAGCACCUGAUGAGGGAAAUGUUCCAUCUCCAACUCAGAAUGAAGCUCAGUCCUCAAACUUGCCCAAUGUCACUGUUAAGCCUGUGGUUGUGACUGUUUACAUAACUCCAGGGGUCACUAGUGAGGUUGCACCAACCCAGCAGGAGGCACAGGCUCAGCCUCCAGAAAGCCCUGGGGUGGUCGAACCUCCCCCAGUCCAGCAGGAAGCUUCAGCUCAGCCUGUAGAGGCUUCUGAGGAGGUGGGACCUGCUCCAAACCCUCAGGAGGCCCCAGCUCAGCCUCUGGGAGCAUCUACAGAGGUUGGAGUUCAACCAUCAGCAUCUGAUGAGGCAAAAGUUUCAUCUCCAAGUGAAAAAGAAGCUCAAUCCUCAAACUUGCCCAAUGUCACCAUUAAGCCCAUGGUUGUAACUGUUGCCAUAACUCCAGAGGUCACUAGUGAGGUUGCACCAACCCAGCAGGAAACACAGGCCCAGCCUCCAAGAAGCCCUGGGGUGGUCGAACCUCCCCCAGUUCAGCAGGAAGCUCUAGCUCAGCCCGUAGAGGCUCCUGAGGAAGCGGAACCUGCUCCAAACCCUCAGGAGGCCCCGGCUCAGCCUCCGGAAGCAUCUACAGAGGUUGGAGUUCAACCAUCAGCACCUGAUGAGGGAAAUGUUCCAUCUCCAAGUGAAAAAGAAGCUCAUCCCUCAAACUUGCCCAAUGUCACCGUUAAGCCCAUGGUUGUGACUGUUACCAUAACUCCAGAAGUCACUAGGGAGGUUGAAACUUUUCCAGCCCAUGAAGAGGCCCCAGCUCAACCUGCACAACCCUCUGAAAAGGUGGAACCUCCAGUCCAGCAAGAGGUUCCAACUGAGUUUCCACAGUAUACCAACGAAUUAACUCAAAUGCCAGCAAGAAAUAAGGAGGUAACUCAAAAUAUAACUCGGCAUCAAACUCAUUCAAACUUGCCCACUAUUACACUUACCGUAUUGUCAGAACCUAGUAAAAAUGCAGCCCAGCAGGAGGCCCCACCUCAGCCUCCUGAGCACCUUGAGGAGACAGAACCUUCUCUGUCCCAGCAGAAUGCCUCAGCUAAGCCACCAGAAUCUCCUGGGGAGGUUAAGCCUUUAAGUGAGCAGGAGCACCAAGAUCAAACUUAUGAGCCUUCUGGGGAAGUUGAAUCUUCUCCAAUCCAGCAGGAUCAUGAGGUAGCUUCACCAGGUUACCAUCAUGGUCAGCAUUCAAACUUAACCAAUGCCACUGUCAAACCUCCAAAAGUUCGGGUUACUAUAACAGUGGAACCCACUACAGAGGUAGGACCUUCUCCAAUUCAGCAUGAGGCUCAGCCUUCAGUGCCACUUAAUUAUAUGGAAACUUCAUCCCAACAAGAGGCCCCAGCCCAGCUUCCACAGACCCCUGAGAAGGUUGAACCUUCUCCAACUCAACAGGAGACCCCAGUUCAGACAUCAGAACUCGCUAAUGAAAUUGUAGUUCAUGCCCCAAAGCAUGUGAAGGCAGUUUCUACAAGUCAGGAUCAAGCUCAGCUUCCAACAUUGCCCAGUGUCACUGUCAAGCCUGUGUCUUUGGUACUUACCAUAACUCCAGACCUCCCUUAUGAGGUUGAAACUCCACCCCAACAAGAGGCCCCAGAUAAGCUUGAAAUGUCCUCUGAACAGUUGGAACCUUUGUCAGUCCAACAAGAAGUGCCACGUCAGCGUCCAGGCCUCUCUGCAACAGUUGAACCUUAUUCAAGCCAACAGGAUGACUCAGCUCUGCCUCAAGUAGGUGUAGAACUUUCUCCAGUUCAGCAGGAGGGCCCAACUCAACAUCCAGAGCCCAGUGAGGGGGCCAGAUCUCCAGACCUCCAAGGCCCACCUGUAGAGUCCCUUAUGAAUAUUGUAGCUCAACCUAGAAGUGAAGCUCAGCAUCCAGCGUUUCCUAAAUUCAUAGUCAAACCCAUGGUUCUGAUGGUUCCUGCAACUUCAGAGCCCAUUAAGGAAGCUAACAAUUCACCACCACAUCAGGAUGAUCCUGCUAAACCUCCAUCUCCCCCUGAACAAUCUCAACCCCUUUCCCAAUCUCCAGAGUCCUCUGAAAACAUUGAGUCUUCCCCAGGCCAACAAGAGGCCAUAGCUCAGACUCUAGAUUCCCCUCAAAACACAGGAGAAUUUUCUGUCCAACAGGAGCCCCCAGAUGAGCCAUCAGAGCCCCCUACACAGAUUGAACUAUCUACAGCUGAGCAGGAAGGGUCAGUUCAUCCUCCAAAGCCCACUGCAGAGGUCAAACUUUCAACCGAGCAGGAGGCCCCAUCUCAUCCUCCAGUCCCCCAGGCGAACCCAGCUGUAUCUUCUGAACCUCCUGAUAAGUCUCUAUCCCAGCAAGAAACCCCAUAUCAGCUUCCAGAACCUCCCAAGAAAGUAGAAUCUUCUCUAACUCAACUGCAGGGCCUAUCUCAGCUCCCUGAGAAUGUCGAACCAUCUCUAGUCCAGAAGGAAGCUCCAGCUCAAUCUCAGCCACAUAAUGAGGCAGAAGACUCUCCAGCUCCCCAAGGGCCCUCAGUUCAGCUUCCAGAGACCCCUAAAAAUGUAGAAUUCUCUCCAGAUCUGCAAGAUUCUUCUACUCUGUCUUCAGAGCCCAAUACAGAGAUGGAAGCUCUGGAGUUUCCAACUCCUCCGGAGCCUGCUAAUGAGGUAGAAACUCCUCUAGCUCAGCAGGCCCCAGUUCAACCAGUCCAUGAUGAAGUUGCAAUUCCACUUUCAGGACUGGAUCAAACUCAGCAUUCAAACUUGCCCCAUGUCACUGUUAAACCUUUUAACCUAGAGCUUAGCAUAACCCUAGGACCUACUAUGAAGGCAGAACAUUCUACAAUCCUCCAGCAGAAUAUACCUCCCAUAUACCCUAAAGUGACACUUCCAUAUGCAGAGCAGGUCCAGGCUCAGAAUCUAACCUUGAGUGAAGUCACAGUACAUCCUUCAGACUUGGAACUUAGCAUAACCUCAGAACCCAAUAAGGAGGUUGAAAUUUCUCCAGCCAUGGAGGAGACUACAACUCAAUUUCCAGAUUCACAAUCUCCAGUCCAUAGUGAAGCAGUUCCAUCUCCAGAACAGGAUCAAGCUCAGAAUUCAAUGUUGCACAAUGUCACACUUUCUCCUUUGAACAAGCCAUUUACCAUAACUCUAGAACAUCCUACGAAGACUGAAUAUUCUACAACCCCACAGAAGACGACAACUUCUCCAGAGAACCCUGAGGUGACACUUCCACAUCUAGACCAUAUUCAGGCUCAGCAUCCAAUCUUGAGUGAAGUCACUGUUCAACCUGUAGACCUGGAAUUUACCAUAACUCCAGAACCCAGUAAGGAAAUUGAACUUUCUCCACCUGUGCAGGAAAUCCCCAGUCAGCCUCCAGAGCCACUUAAGGAUGUUAUUGUAUCUCAGUCUCCAGUAUACCAGGAGGCAACAGUUCCAACACCAAAUCAGGAUCAAGUUCAGCAUCCAUUGUCACCCAAUGUCACAGUUCAACCUUUGGAUCUGGGGCUCCCCAUAACUCCAGAACAUACUACAGAGGCUGAACACUCUAUAGUCCUGCAACAGACUACAGCUCCUCCAAAGCAACCUGACGUGACACUCCGACAACCAGAGCAGGUCCAGAGUCAGCAUACAACAGUUCAACCUACGAAUUUGGAAAUUACCACAACUACAGGAUCCAAUGCAGAGGUUGAACCUUCUCCAAUUAUGCAGGAAACAGCUUACCCUCCAGAGCCUUCUAAAGAAGUAGUUGAGCAGCCAUUCCUUCAGGAGGUGACAUUUCGCCCUCCAGAGCCUUUUAAAGAAGUAGUUGAGCAGCCAUUCCUUCAGGAGGUGACAUUUCACCCUCCAGAGCCUUCUAAAGAAGUAGUUGAGCAGCCAUUCCUUCAGGAGAUGACAGUUCCAACUUCAGGUCAAGAUCAAGGUCAGCAUUCUACUUCAUACCAUAUCACAGAUCAUCCUUUGGACCUGGGACUCCCCAUAACUCCAGAACAUACUACAGAGGCUGAACCCUCUAUAGUCCUGCAACAGACUACAGCUCCUCCAAAGCAACCUGAUGUGACACUUCCACAACCAGAGCAGGUUCAGAGUCAGCAUACAACAGUUCAACCAACGAAUCUGGAAAUUACCACAACUGCAGGAUCCAAUGUAGAGGUUGAAUCUUCUCCAAUCACGCAAGAGACUUCAGCUCACUCUCCAAAGCCACCUAAAGAAGUUGUGGUUGAGCAGCCAUUCACUCAGGAAGUGACUGUUUCAACUUCAAGUAAAGAUCAAGGUCAGCAUUCUACUUCACACCAUGCCACAGAUAAUCAUUUGAACCUGGGGCUCACUGUAACUCCAGAGCAUACUAUCAAAGCUGAACAUUCUACUGUCCUAAAGAAUAUUAUAACUCCUCAGAGUCAACAAUCAAACCAAGGCACAUUUCUACCUGUGGACAUGGUAACUCAGCAACAAGAAUCAGCUGAGACAGUUCUUUCCCUUGCAACAGCUCUGGAUUUAUAUGAUCAAGGAAAGGGACACAUGAAUUUUACUAAUCAACCAGGACGGAAUGCCACCACACACAUCAACAUAUGUGAACUCUGUACCUGCAAAGAUGAGACACUUUCAUGUGCUGGUCUCAGCCCAAAGCAGAGACUCCGCAGAGUGCCUGUGCCAGAGCUACACACCUACAACGGCACCUUCACCACCUUAAAUUUCCAAGGAAACUCUAUUUCUUACAUUGAUGAAAAUAUAUGGAACUCAUACCGUUGGGCUGAGAAACUAAUUAUCAGUGAAAAUCAUUUGACUGAAUUACACAAGGAUUCAUUUGAAGGCCUGCUAUCCCUCCAGUAUUUAGAUUUAUCCUGCAAUAAAAUACAGUCUAUUGAAAGGCGUACAUUUGAACCACUACCUUUCUUGCAGUUUGUAAAUCUUGGUUGCAACUUACUCACAGAACUGAGCUUUGGAACGUUUCAGGCCUGGCAUGGAAUGCAGUUUUACAUAAGCU